CAUUAAUUAUUAUUUUACAUAUUUUACAAUUAUUUAAUUUUAAGCGCUAGUAGCUCUUUAGCAUGAUUGAUUAUAAGUAGUAGAAAAAUAAGUAGGUUAUCAAGAUGAUGCUUACAUUGUAUGGCUUGCCUCAAAGUUUCCAUUACAAGGAUGUAAAAGCGUUGAUAAGAACACAAUGUGAAAUUGUUGAUUUCAUUCUGGACAACCUCUCCGUUGAGUCUGGUUUCAAGAAAAUCAGAGUGGGUCUAGCGACCGAGAGUGAAGGGAACCAUCUCAUCAAAUGCCUGGACGGGUUCCAAGUGCAAGGCUGUAUGUUGAAAGUUCUGCCCAUUUUAAAGGGACAAAGUUCUUCUGAUCCGGUGCCCAUUGAGAAUUAUCAAGAAAAUGUAAUGCAGCCGAGCUAUAAUGCAGCUCAUCCAAAUCCAUGGAGCCAGGAGCCGCAGUGGCAAGGGAAUGGAAAUCAGACGGAACCAAUUGCGACAUACCCUCAACAUUACCAGCAGAAUCAGCCCUAUGUGCAACCUCAACAGUCAAUUCCAAUUAUCAAUCGACAACCCGCCAACACAAACAACAGGUUCCAAAUGCAGCAGAAUUACGAUAAACCGGUGACAAUCAUGAAGGAAAAUUUUCAAGGACCUCAUUAUGUCCAACAGAAUCAGCCGAUCCAGUUCCCACCUACCCAGCAAGCCUGGACACCGCAUAUGCAACAGAAUGAGCAGUUUAACCCAGCACCUACUAAGGUGCAAUAUAACAGACAACUUAGGGAGUGUGAUGUGCAGCCUUCGCCUAUGGAAGCUGGCUUUAAAGCGUCCGGAACGUCUUCCCACUCCCAAUUCGCUGCACCAGCCCACCGACAGCAAAUGAUCGGACGUGGAAUGUCUCCGGAGAGAGAAAACACAGGAAGAGGAAGAACAUCCCCUGGAAGAAACCUACCCGAGCGAAGAAUAUCUCCAAGCAGAGGCAUGGGUCAAAGGAAUAUGUCGCCCGAUAGAAGACGCGAAAACCAGAGCAGAAGAAUGUCGCCUACAGGACACCAUUCGCCUUCUGGAAGACCAGUGCUUCUCAGUGGACGAUAUGAUUCACCGUCUGGUUUGGCACCAAGUGGCCACAAUUCGCCGCAAGCCACCGGCCGUCAAAUGCCACAUGGAGUAAUUUCGCCGUCUGGCCGACAAAUGCCGCAAAGUGGACGAUAUGUUUCUCCACCCAGACGCCAAAUGCCUCAAGGUGGUCGUCAAAUUUCUCCUCCAAGACGCCAAAUGCCACAAGAAAGCAGACAUAUUUCGCCAUCCGGUCGUCAUUUGCCACAAAGUGGUCGCCAUAUCUCGCCGCCUGGACGUCAUAUCUCGCCAUCCGGACGUCAAAUGCCCCAAGGAAGCAGGCAAAUUUCACCGCCCGGGCGCCAAAUGCCUCAAGGUGGACGUCAAAUUUCCCCACCUCGACGCCAAAUGCCACAAGAAAGCAGACAUAUCUCACCGCCCGGACGUCAUAUGCUACAAAGCGAUCGCCAUAUCUCGCCGCCUGGACGUCAAAUGUCACAUAGUGGUCGCCACAUUUCGCCUCCUGGACGUCAAAUGCCACAAGGAGAUCGCCAUAUUCUGCCUCCCGGACGCCAAAUGCUACAAGGAGGCCGACACGGCUCGCCGCCUGGACGUCAUAUACCACAGAGCGGCCGCCAUAUUUCACCGUCCGGACGUCAAAUGCCACAAGGUGGCCGACACAUUUCGCCGACUGGGCGUCAAGUCCUUCUGCCUGCACCAGUGUCUGGACGCCAAGUGCUACCUGGCCGCCUCGGCUCACCACCCCCCCGCAUUCAGAUCAGCCGUCAAGUUUCUCCGCCCAAUCGACACGUGCCAAACGAACGCAAGUCCCCCGGCCGCCAAAGGCAAGUGUCGCCUGGCCGUAGAAUUUCGCCGACAUGGCGCAGAAUCUCGCCAUCUGGUCGUCAAGUGCUGAUAGCUGGGCGAAACGUUUCACCCUCGGGCCGUUUCUCGCCGCCAGGUCGCACAGUGCUGAUCAGCGAACACAUCUCGCCAGGACGACGCAACGUCCAAACUGACAGAUCUGGACGAGUAUCCCCGAGCCGCCAACUGUUGACUAACGAACGACGUAGCUCACCAAAUCGGGUGAUGUCAGGCCGCGCUAUUUCUCCGUCUGGUCGCCAUAUUUCGCUACCUGGAAGACGUGAUUCUCCAUCCGGACGCCGCAUUUCCCCAUCUGGUCGGCGCAUUUCUCCUGGGCGUCGUAUUUCUCCAGGACGUCGCAUUUCUCCAUCAGGGCGCCGGAUUUCCCCAACUGGACGACGUGUUUCUCCUUCCGGACGCCGCAUUUCUCCAUCUGAGCGUCGUGUUUCUCCAUCUGGUCGGCGCAUUUCACCAACUGGACGACGUUUUUCUCCAUCUGGGCGGCGCAUUUCUCCAUCCGGUCGACCAUUGCAUCAACAAUCGCACGACACUCGUCAACACCUGAGGUACUCGCCUCCUCCGCAUAAAGGACCAAUAGGAAAUUAUGAUCAAGCGGACCCAAGAUCUAGUUUUAAACAGGCUAUUCAACUGUAUGAUAAGGCGUCAGAUCAAGGCAUGUAUUCGUCUGGUUUCCGACCUAAUGUACGCGACGAUAAGCCGUAUCCAAGAGGAUCGCGGUGGCAAGAACGGGAACAAUUUCCGGACAGAAACUUGGGACCACAUAACUCCGAGCUGAACAGGUUCUCAAAUCAACAGAUGGGCAAAGAAGAGAAGACGAAAUCACGAUCUCUUACCCGGGAAUCUAUUCGGGACAGAUCUCCAAUUCGCGCACCAAAACGACACUCUCCUUCGCCGCGUUCGCCAAGACGCUCCUGGGCUCUCGAGAAACGCCAUAGUCCCGAUUUGAAAGAAGCACCCCCGCCGCCAGUCUGGCCUGGACAAGAUUCCCACUUCCAAAGACCCAAUCCACACUAUCAAGAUAGAAAGGAAGAACCGUGGAAUAAAAUUGACAAGCGUCAUCGUGCUCCUCCCAGCUUCGACGAAAAAGAUUCCAUCAGAAACUGGAAACCUCGUGCAGCUGAGCCACCUCGAUUCGUCGAAGGUCACAAGAAUCAAUUUGUAAAGACCUUUGGUAAAGAUCUUCGCGACAGGGAACCAAAUCGUGAAGAUGGAAGUCGUAAUUAUGAAGCCAAACGUCUUUAUCAAGGUGAAGAAACUCAACGCUACCAUGCUCAAACGGGAAGGGAAGUUAUGCAGAAACAGGAUUACAAAGAAGUGAAGCAAGAUGUCUACGCCGACGAAAAGACUCGUAACCCAGUAAAUCAGACUAAUCCUAAAACAGCCCCUCAGGAUAAAAAUCUAAAGGAUUACGGUGGAAAACUGAUCAAUAAACCGAGUGAUUUCGCCAAAGGGGUGAUGAACGAAAAAACCAGGAAGAACAGAGAGAAGGCCGCGGCUGAAAUAGCUACAAAAAUAAUACGACAAUUCGGUGACCAUUACAAGGGGAAGAGACGAGAGCUUAUUCUUAAAGAAGUGAUAGGAGAAAUAUUAAGAAUGAUGUACAGAAUAUUUCGCAAUGUCGAUGUGGCGUUUUUAGACAUUAUUGUUAAGUUCGAAGGGAAGUUCUCCACACACUAUCGGAAGAUCUUCCAACAUGCAGUUUCGAAGGUGACAAAUGAAGUCAAGAAAAAGAAAAUGAUGACAGCUGGUCAAAAACGUCCCCAACCGACCCAAAAUCCUGUGCCAGCUAAAGUCGUGAAGCGUGACGAAAAUCACUCGCAAAUUAAAGAAGAUACAACAGCUUCUGCGAAGCCGUCGCCAGCACCGAAACAGCAAACGGCAGCGAAGCCACAGCAACAAGACAAGAAUCAAGCAGCAAAACAGACUCUACCAGCACAAGAAAGCAAACCUACACCUACCGUCAAAGUUGACCCAAAACCUGCUGCAAAGGAUACCAAUAAUGCUGCCGAAAAUAAAACUAAAGUUGAGCCUGCACGAAAAGAAACUCCAAAAACCGAACCAAAGCGACAAUCCGGUGAAAUCAAAGUGUUGUCCGUAACGCAGAUCAACGAACUGUCAAACAAGAAUCAAGAAACACAAGAGACUAAACCAGAAGAGAAGGCGGCAGAAGAAAGCAAAAAGUCAGAAGACACAGAAGGAAACUAUUUCGAAUUAAACGAACUCAUGUCUAAUGUACUCAAAAAGGAAUUGAGAGGGAUCAUGGAUAAGGUGUGGUCGUGUCUGCUGGUGCAACCUGAUACUCCAGAGGAGGUGAUGGCGGUAGAUCUCAUCAGAUACGAGGGAGUCGACCGUAUUAGAGAUGCUAUCGGGCUGAAUGUUGCCAAACGGCUGCUGAACGUUUUCAAUCCUCUCUUCGUGAAGAUCCAGUUCUCGUGUCGGCCCGAAAACGGCUGCCUCACGGCAUUCCUGAAACAGCACAAUAUCAAGAGCUUCAAGAGGAUACCACAAGCUGAGAACACGUUCGCAGCACAACUCCAAGAUGUCGCCGAAUUUGACGCGCUCUGCUAUACUAAGGACAUUAAGUGUGGUAGCGCAGAUUUGAAAAUCACACCAUGUUAUAAAUUUACGCAAUGUCCGCCCAACUUAAAAUUGAAUUUGGACGAUGAUGAUGAUUAUUACGUCUAUCCGACUGAUGAUGAAUGUGAUGAUGAAGAUGAUGAGAUAGACACGCAAAUGUUCGACGAGUUUGAUAAAGAAACUACUGAAAAAGUUGAAGAAAAGUCAGAAAAAGUUGACCAACCUAAACCAGAAUCUCAAAAUGAAACAAAAGAUAAAAUUGAUCAAUCCGAAUCUGAUAGUAAAAAUGAAGCCACUAAGUCAUCAAAUAAAGAAUCAAAAGACAGCAAUAUAAGCAAUGCAAAACCCUCUAAUGCAAAGACGAAAGAAAUUCCAAGCAAAGAUGCGGUAAAUAAAAAUAAAAUACAAGCUGAUAAGGAGGAAAAAAAUAUUCAAAAACCUGCUGGAGCAACAGCUAAAGCAAACCCGAUAAACAAAGAAGCUAAUAAAACAAAUGAAAUUAUAACAAAAGACAAAAAUAACGCAGAAAUGAAAAACAAUAUGAGUAAAGACAAAGCUACAGAAGCAAAGAAGAAGAUUACGUCACAAACACAAAAUCACAAGGUAGCUUUUAAUGAUGUUAGAAAGAAGAUACCUAAGCCUAAACCUAGAGCUACUAAGAGGACUUUUAAAGUGAUUGAUGAAGACUAUGAUGAUAAUGAUGGUAUUGAUGAUGAGGAAAUGGCUGACGAAGACAUCCUGGCUUUGUUGUCGGGAGGAGUGGUUUUGGAUGAGUGUGGGUCGGAUGAUUGAGGUUUAUAAGAAUUGCACACAUAUAUUUCACAAAUCACACAAUAAAUGAUCUAGAUUUUAA